AUGUUCAGUUUCACCUCUAAGGCUGCUAUUCCAUCUAAGUCUCAACAAUAUAUUCCUACCAAACCUAUGGCUGUCCCCCGUAGAUUUGCCCAAUUACCAGCAAAGUCCCCUCUUAAAAAGGAAAUCGAAAGUAAACCAAAAAAAGUUGAAGAAAGAAAGCCAGGUCAACUAUCACUAGAAAUGUUUGAUGUUGGAAAACCACUUGGCCAAGGCAAAUUUGGAAAUGUUUAUCUUGUAAAAUACAAAAAAUAUGAUUAUGUGUGUGCAUUAAAAGUUGUUUUUAAAAGACAGUUGCAAAAAUGUGGGAUGGGGAUUCAAAUGAAAAGAGAAAUUGAGUUGCAAUCUCAUCUUAACCACCCUAAUAUUCUUAAAUUAUUUGGGUUUUUUGAAGACGAAAAUAGGUGGUUUCUUGUUCUUGAGUAUUGUAAGAAAGGUGAGUUAUAUGGAUUGUUACAAAAAGCUGGUCGUUUUGAUGAAAAGAGAGCUGCCCGAUAUAUAAAAGCAACAACUGAAGCCCUGAAGUAUUGCCAAGAGAUGAACUGUAUCCAUCGUGAUUUAAAACCAGAAAAUAUUAUGAUAGAUCACAACGAUCAGGUUAAAUUAGCUGAUUUUGGGUGGUCUGUUCAUACAAAUACUAAAAGAAAUACCUAUUGUGGUACAUUAGAUUAUUUAUCUCCUGAAAUUGUACAAGAAAAAUAUUAUGACGGAUCAAUUGACCAAUGGUGUUUAGGGGUUUUAACAUUUGAACUAUGUACUGGUGAACCACCAUUCCAAUCUGCUACUCGUGAUGAAGUUAUGAAAAAGGUUAGAAAUGUUAAGUAUUCUUUUCCGAGUUAUCUUACGGGUGAUUGCAAAGAUUUUAUUAACAAAUUAAUUCAGUAUGACCCUUCUAAAAGAAUGACUUUUACAGAGUGUUUGGCUCAUCCAUGGAUAACCAAAAACACAACAAAUUGA